CUGAUGUCCUCAGUUGUAGCCCCAGCCGCCAACACCAUGGGCCCAAAAGAGGUGGAGCUGAUCCUUGUGAAGGAGCAGAAUGGGGUUCAGUUUACCUCAACCACUCUAGUGGCUCCAGCUCCAUCUCAGACCAACGCCAGUGGAGAGGAGGAGAGGGAGACCUGGGGGAAAAAAAUUGACUUCCUCCUUUCUGUGAUUGGAUUUGCGGUGGACCUUGCCAAUGUGUGGAGAUUCCCCUACCUCUGCUACAAGAAUGGAGGAGGUGCAUUCUUGGUGCCGUACCUGUUCUUCAUGGUGAUAGCAGGCAUGCCUCUCUUCUACAUGGAGCUGGCUCUGGGACAGUAUAACAGAGAGGGGGCUGCAGGGGUCUGGAAGAUAUGUCCCAUUUUUAAAGGUGUAGGCUUUACAGUGAUCCUCAUUUCCCUGUACGUUGGCUUCUACUAUAACGUUAUCAUCUCCUGGGCGCUGUUCUACCUCUUCUCCUCGUUCACCGCCGAGCUACCCUGGGUUCACUGCAACAACUCCUGGAACAGUCCAAACUGCUCUGACUGGGCUGACAACAGCACAGUUAACGACAUUUACAAGGCCACCCCUGCUCAGGAGUACUUUGAACGAGGAGUGUUACACAUCCAGGACAGUAACGGUAUUGAUGACCUGGGUCGUCCACGCUGGCAGUUGACUUCCUGUCUGGCUGUGGUGAUUGUUCUCCUUUACUUCAGUCUCUGGAAGGGAGUCAAGACUUCUGGCAAGGUUGUGUGGAUCACAGCCACCAUGCCCUAUGUGGUCUUGACUGUGCUACUUCUCCGAGGAGUCACUCUGCCUGGAGCCAUCGAUGGCAUUAAGGCCUACCUCUCGGUGGACUUCCUGAGACUCUGUGACGCCAAGGUCUGGAUUGAGGCAGCGACGCAGAUCUGUUUCUCGCUGGGAGUGGGAUUCGGUGUGCUAAUUGCCUUUUCCAGCUACAACAAAUUCAGCAACAACUGUUACAGAGAUGCCAUUAUUACCAGCUCCAUCAACUCCUUAACCAGUUUCUUCUCUGGAUUUGUGGUCUUCUCCUUCCUUGGGUAUAUGUCCCACAAACACAACGUGGCUCUGGAUAAGGUUGUCAGAGAUGGUGCUGGGUUGGUGUUUGUCAUUUACCCAGAAGCUAUUGCAACAUUACCUGGAUCAUCAGUGUGGGCAGUUAUUUUCUUCAUCAUGCUACUGACACUGGGCAUUGACAGUGCUAUGGGUGGGAUGGAGUCAGUGAUCACAGGGUUGAUUGACGAGUUUAAAUUCCUCCACAAGCACAGAGAACUGUUCACUCUCUUCAUUGUCACUGCCACCUUCCUCAUAUCCCUCUUCUGUGUUACAAAUGGUGGGAUGUAUGUGUUUACUCUGCUGGACCACUUUGCAGCAGGCACAUCAAUUCUCUUUGGAGUGCUUAUUGAAACCAUCGGCAUUGCAUGGUUCUAUGGAGUGGACCGUUUCAGUGACGACAUUGAAGAGAUGAUUGGCCAGCGACCAGGUCGGUACUGGAGGCUGUGCUGGAAGUUUGUCAGCCCCUGCUUCCUGCUGUUCAUGGUGGUGGUGAGCUUUGCCAUGUUCAACCCUCCAAACUAUGGCUCCUACAUGUUUCCUCCAUGGGCUAACAUGGUGGGGUGGUGUCUGGCCAUUUCAUCAAUGACCAUGGUGCCUCUCUAUGCCAUCUACAAACUCUGCACAUUGCCUGGAAAGUUCUGCGAUAGACUGGCUUAUGCCAUCACCCCAGAGACAGAGCAUCAUUUGGUAGACAAUGGGGAGGUUCGGCAGUUCACACUGCAUCACUGGUUGGUGGUCUGA